GCUGGAGCGCCGUGCGUGGGCGGGCAAGCGCUACAGGCAUCACCGGCGAUCUGUAACAGCGCCAAUUGAGCCGCGGCGUGAACGCUGUCAUCGCUCGCUGCGUUGCUCGCGCGCUGGAGUACUGAGAGCAUUAACAGAGAGCAUUGCUUUGAGACGGCGCAGCGGUGCGAGCGCUUGCGAAACGCCUCGGAAAAACUUUAAAAACAGGAGCACGCGAUGGUCAAAGGCAACUGGGAGCGCCGAGUAGAACGAGCAGCAAAACAAAAAGCGGCGAAACGGGACGCCGCGGCAGCAAAAGCCAAGGGCCAGCUCGUCGACCCCCUGGACAUCCUGAACGCCAUCUUCCUCAAGGACCCCGACGCGAGCGUCUGGGUCGCAGGGCAAGGCAAUAAGCUCUGCGCGGCGUACUUUCGAAAUGGCGACUGCCCGAACCGCCGCUGCAAGUGGAGCCACGCCGAGACCCUCGCGCCCUGGAGCCCGUCCGCCACCGACGCGACGACGGAGCCGCCGCUCGAGCAAGUGCCGACGGUCGCCGCGCGGCUCGACGGCGUCGUGCCGAAGGCGGAAUACAACAGCGACUCGGUUCUCGCACCGGUCCCGGAGGGCGUCGUCGCGCGCGUGCUCGACUGGUGCUCGGCCUAUCGGGCGGGCGCCGCGGCGGCGACGUGCAGGGCGCUGCGGCGCGCAGUAUCCUUGUCCGUUGGUGUCCGCGCCCAGAAGGACGCCGCGCGGCCCCGCUUGCUCGCGGCGCGGCGGCGGCGCGUCCUACGAAUGGCGAGAAGCGUCCGGUUCGCCGGCGCGACCGUAGACGGCCGCCGCGCGCUCGCCUACGAUGCGGAGCAGCCCGACGUCUUCCGCGCGUUCUCCCGGCCGGCUCGGAGCCUACCGCGGCCCGCCCGCAAGAAGGCGCCGGCGGCGCGGCCGUUCAACAGUUUACUAGGGGAGGCCGCGGCGGCGCGCGCGGUCGCGGCGGUCAUCGGCGCGCUGCCCGACGCCGGCGCGGCGGCGGUCGCGGCGACGUCGAAGCGCCUCCGGGCUCUGACAAAGGCCGACGACGACUACCGGCGGCGGCGGCGGCGGGGCCUCGACGCGCGGACCUGUGUCCUUCGUGAACCUACACGCCAUCGAGCAGACGUUGGGUGCCUGACAUUUGAGUUCCACGCAGGCGCGGACCGCGCAGCGAAAGAAGAAGGGGAAGCGCCGCCAGGGCAAGGACACGCGGAAGAAGGACGAGUUCGCGCGCGGCCAAUGA